AUGUCGACCAAACUCACCCAUACCAAGGUUAACCAUGCCGCCGGCAUCUUCGCCGAUAUCUCCGUUGAUGGCCCUAUCAUCGGUACACUGGUUGCCAUCAUUGAUCGCGCCAAGAACCUGCCAAAUCGCAAGACCAUGGGAAAGCAGAACCCGUACUGUGCUGCACGAUUGGGCAAGGAAGCAAAGAAAACACAAACAGACCUGCGCGGAGGACAAACCCCUCGAUGGGACUCGGAACUCCGAUUCACCGUACACGAAUCUCCAGAUUACUUCAAGCUGAAGGUGUCCGUGUUCAACGACGACAAGAAGACCGACAUGAUCGGCGAGACCUGGAUUGACUUGCACAACUUGAUUAUCCCUGGUGGAAGCCAGAACGACCACUGGCACCCAUUGCAGUGCCGAGGAAAAUACGCAGGAGAUAUCCGCAUUGAAAUGACCUACUAUGACACACGAGAGCAAGAUGAAGCAGUGCUUGAACGCAGACAAGAAGCCGCAGACAGAGUUCAGGGCAAGAUCCCCAGCGCACCCAGCAACACUGGAUUGUCUGGCCCUCGGCAAUUGAAGGACGUCAAGCGCCGGCCUUUGCCCAGUGGUCCACCUGGAGCACCAGCACCGGCACGACCAGCGCCUCUUGAACACGUUCAGUCUGCGCCUCCACCUCUUCAGCACCCAGUUCCGUCCAGACCGGCGAUUCCUGAGCACGCACACUCCAUGCCUGUUCCUCCAGAGCCUCUUGCAUACGCUCCGAGGCCCGUACCUGCAGAGCCUGUAUACGAGGAACUCACCUAUCGUGCACCGUCCCCUCUGCCUCCUCCAUCUCGAGGUGGAUACGAUGCUGUUGAUCCUUAUCAGCAACAAGAAUGGGUAGAGCAAGCCGUGGUGGCCCCUCUUUCCAGCAGAAACACUCAUGAAAUCGCAUAUCCUGCCCAGGAAGUCUCUGAGAACACAUACGACCCGCGUCCUCUGCAACCGCGGAGCCAGUCUGACUAUGAUCAACCACCCUCUGGAGACUACCGGUUAGCCAGACAAGAGCCGGUGUAUGAGGCAGAUAUGCGGGGCAGAAUGUACAACCCUGGACAUCAAGAUCACCAUGUUGAGGACCCUCGCUACAACCCAGAUCCUGCAUCUUAUGGGCCUCCGUCGCAUGCAUAUGAGCUACCAGCUCAAGACUUCCCUAGGUCGGCUUCCUUCUCGGGCCCUGUGGAUGACCCUAGAUACCAUCACCACGUCGUUCGGCCACUUCAACUGAUGGGUCGUCCUGAACAUCACCCCGAAUACGCCACGAUGCAACCACGAGUUGAAGAUGAAGACGAGGAUGGGAUGAUGCCACCUCCACCUCCACUCCACCGAUCCCGAGAGCCGCAAACUCAGAUGCGCACCUCCAGAAUUUCCCCACACACUUACAUGCCUUAUACGCCCAAGCAACCUUCUUCAAGGCCACCAAACAACUUGCCAUCCUCCGUGUCUACGCCAUCUCAUCUGAUGGGACAUGCGUCAGCCGUGCCAGUAAGCUUGGUCGCCGGCUAUGAGCCAGAAGAUGCAUCAGAGAGGGCAGCCUUUGAAAGGUCGGUUCGGAGACGCAGCUCGCAUUGGGAUGACGAGAUGAUGCUGUCUGAGGCGCCUCCUGUGACCGCACCGGUUCUCUACGAACCUCCCAUCCACCCCCUACGAACUUCCCCUCGUCCUCUUGCUGAGAGACCGACCUCCAGUAGAGGUGGAUCUGGAUCUGUUAGCCCCGAUAUGCGCGCAGUGACCCGGAAGUCCGUCAGUCCACGCCCUACAUCUUCAGAUAGCCGUGGCGGUUCCUCAAUUCCUUUCUCCCCCGACUCCUACAGCACCCUCAACCCUCACACGUCUCGUCCCCCAAGCAGAGACCCCUCGCCAGGCUACGACUCGCCCUCUCACUCCAGAGACUCUCUGGUGCGCGCCAAGGGCCAGCCUCCACGAGACGUGGACCAACCAAUCAUCGGAGACGACGGACGCGAGAUCGAUCCAACAGACCAUCUCCCAACCGAUACCUGGGCCCCAGAGCCAGAAAGGAAGAACCGCAAGCCGGAGGUCAUCAUCCGAUUCAAGCACUCACCCCGCCCAACAUCACGAGGCAACGAAUCAACAACCUCCCGCGCCGCAGGCCCACCGCGUGUAGGCUUCAGAACCGAAAAUACCUACGACCGCUCCCCAAAGAAAUACACACCAACCCACGUCCACGCCAGCUCAGGCUCAAUGGUCCGCACACCACCACGUAUGGACUACACACACGGACGGUCAGACAGCUACACCGACAGUCGCAGCUACAACACCCCGACAUCAACCGAGCGUCCCCGCUCCUCCCGUGGCUCCGUCUCUCCGUCGCCUAGCGCUCGCUCUCCACUCUACGAUUACAACACCGGUCCCCCGAUUCCAUCCAAGGUGCCCAUCACCCACGGUAGUCCCAGCUAUCCUGUGAUGUCCGGUAACCCCAAUGGCCGCAUGGACGCAUUGAGUCGCGAGCUUAGCACGAUUGACAUUGGAUCUGCGGGCUGUAGUCCUGGCCGUGGAGCGAUUCGCAAAUAUGUACCUCGGGCAUCGGCGUCUAUGGGCUAUGCCAGUUAA